AUGUCGUCACAACCACUGCUGACACUGGGUCUAGGAUCAGAACAUCACGUCCUUUAUCAAUACAACCUGGUUAACGCCAAGAAUCACUAUUUGGCAUUAAUCCAAACUGAAUCGCCUUAUUUUCAACCUGUUCCUGCGCCACCCACGCCAUUUACGCCCAGUUUCGCGUUUCACGAUCCCACCUUCCCCGAUGGGCUUGACUCAUCUUGGGCAUUUCUCGUUACGCGUUCAAGCAACAUCCUUGUUUUUGGUGGUGGGCUGUACAGCUUUUUCCAGAAUUUCGAGCAAACAUGUCUGGACACGGCAAGCUGCCAAUCUCAAGUUGUGAACAUCGACUCCUUCUCCACCGUGUCAAUUUACAGUCUAUCCACGGUUGCGACUACGUUCCAGCUUAGCGUGAAUCAGGCUGGGGUUAUCAACCAGAGUGGUAAUGUCAACGGUUUUGCCUCAACGGUGACUGUUUGGAGUAGACAUUAG